CAGCCGCUGCCCUACUUCCACGCCCUAUUUGACUUUGAACACCGACUUUGCUCUCUUUCAAACACCUUCUCGCAUAUAACUUCUCACGAUCCCUUUGUCCAUCCUCAAGCUCUGGAGCAGCGCGGCUUUAGAGAGCUCCCCACUUCACCAUGGAUCGGUUCGCAGGCAAUCAGAAGCUGCCAUUUUCCAAGAAGAGGCUGCCAAAGAGGGUCAUAUUCUCAUAUGUCCUCGACUACUUGAUAAUAAUAGUCCUCAUUGGCGCUUUCUACGCAAUCGAUAAGAUCGAGCCCUACCACCAGCAGUUCUCUCUGAAGAACUACACACUACAUUAUACAUAUGCCGUCAAGGAGCGAGUGCCAGUCCCGCUGCUCAUCGUGCUGGUCGUUGGGUUUCCAGCCGCCGUGAUCGCAGUCUACACUCUGGUCAUCGAUGGCCUGUUUUCGCACGCGAUACCGACUGCGCCCAAGUCGGGGAUGAGGAGAAUGCUCACGGGGCGAUACAGGUUCAAGGAUAGGCUAUGGGAGUUCAACUGCGGCCUGCUCGGUCUCGCUCUUGCGGUUGGUGCCGCCUUCACCAUAACUGGAGCCUUGAAGAACGCGAUUGGAAAGCCGAGGCCAGACCUCAUAGAUCGAUGUAAACCUCUUGUUACAGAGGAUCCUGGCCCGCUACUGCUCUCAAACUAUACUAUUUGCACGCAGGAAGAUCAAUACAUCUUCCGCGAUGGCUUCAAGAGCUUCCCUUCGGGUCACAGCAGCUCUGCGUUUGCCGGGCUGUUCUACCUUUCCAUAUACUUGGCAGCGAAAAUGCACGUAUUAGACUCCAAAGGCGAGGUCUGGAAGACGUUUAUCGUCAUGGUUCCCACCCUGGCUGCAGCUUUAAUAGCUGGCUCGCGAAUCAUGGACGCUCGUCACCACCCGUUCGACGUCAUCACAGGAAGUCUGCUUGGGAUGCUCACUGCGUGGGGAUCUUACCGGCAAUACUUUCCACCAGUAUCUGAGACGUGGAGAAAAGGACGGGCAUACCCCAUCCGAAGCUGGGGCAAAGAUCCCCUAGCUCCGGAACAGAGACUCGUUCACGAGGAUUCUAUACCACUGCAGCCCAUCGUAAAAGUGAGGGACGAGGAGCGCCGGGGAUCCGGAUCGUCGACCGGUGUCGCUGAGCACCAAGGCAACGUGUUUCGCGAACAGAUAUCCGCCUCCCAACGACAACGAGCAGUCAACAACCAAUCUCCGUACAACCCACCUGCACCACCUGGCUAUGGAGUACCGCGCCGCGAAGAGACUCAAAGCUCAACAUACUCGCAGCAAGUCCCUCCAGGCCGCAAUCCCUUCCUACAGGCUCCUCCUCGCCACGAUAAUUAUGACGAGUCCUCGUCCGAAGACGAAUACGACGACUUGUCGCGCCAGUACACACUCUCGAACCCUCAACGCGGCGCUAUCAGCCCCUACGAGCCCAACAAUAACCUAGAAGAUACCUCAUAUCCUUCGCAGACGAUACCCCCUGUGCAGGCAACGAUCCACACUCCGCCUGGAGUCCACCGCAGCGACGGAGAGCGCUCCAGCUCCGUCCCGAGAAGGCCCAUCGGCGAGCCUGAACGACAGCGGGGCGUGCAACUAACUGAAUCAUACGCAUAAAAAGACAGCCGCCAAUUGCAUAUCGAGAUAACCUUUUUUUUGAUACUGCCAUAUUACUCUCAAGUCUAUCACGACCACGCUGGCUAUGUUUUUGAUUUAUCAUUUGCAAGGCGUUACGGGGUAUCUAUCGGGCAGCAACACAAUUGCUUCUCUCUAUGAUGUCGGUGGUAUUUGGUGCCUAGGUUUGUUGGCCGUUUUUUAGCGGGCAUCUGGACUGCGCAGUGUCGCGCGUUACGAGAAUCUUUCGUGUGCAGGCUUGUAUUGUAUUGAGGAUGGAAAUGUUCUAUGCAGAUACAAUAUACUGUUGAAUUUGUAACAGUUUUUGAUGCAUCUGUG